AUGGCAGAAUCUCUGAAGCUGUAUCUCUUUGGUGACCAGACUUAUGACAUACAACCCCGGUUGAAGGAGCUGCUACAGCACCGCGACAAUCCAAUUCUGGAAGCUUUCCUUGAGAAGACCUACGAUGCAGUCCGCGUGGAGAUGUGUAAACUUCCUCAAGACAUCAAGGAAGAUCUCCCUCGAUUCACCUCCAUCGAAGACCUCGUGCUCUGGAGCAGGAGUGGCAAGCGAUAUGUACCGCUCGAUAUGGCUGUAACAUGCAUGUAUCAUCUCGGAGCUUUCGUCAUUCAAGGAGACAAUUGGUUCCCUACUGUAAACACAUCAAGGGUGGUUGGUAUCUGUACUGGAACGCUUGCUGCAGCUGUCCUGAGUUGCAGCUGUAACAUGCUGGACUUUCUUUCCCUAUCUGUCGAUGCGGUAACUGUAGCCUUCAGAACUGGGCUAGUUGUAACUGAAGCCGCCAAUCGAGUUUCAGUUGGUCACGAAUCGGACCAAAAUUGGUCAAUUAUUCUACCAGAUGCAGCGACGGUGGACUUUGUUCGCAAAUUCUGCGAACAAAGUACACUCCCAAUGACAAGCAAACCAUAUAUCAGUGCCUAUGCGCCAAACUGGAUUACUGUGAGCGGACCGCCAUCAUCGAUUCAACUCCUCAUCAAGUCGAGCGAUUUCCGAAAUGCUAGAUACAAGAACAUUCCCAUAUUCGGACCAUAUCACGCCCCGCAUGUACACAGUGAAUACGAUGUCACAGAGAUUGUCAAAGAUGUUUCUACUGAGAAAGGUGAUAUGUGUGAGCAGAUUCCAGUGUUGUCGGGUAGCAAGCCUGAAGAAAGGCACAAUUUUGCGACACUAUUGGAAGAUGCGGUCAGGGAGAUUCUAUUGAGACCUGUUCAAUGGAGUGGUAUUCUCCAAGGGAUCCAGUCCUGGAUCUACCAGGCUGAUUCGAAGUCCUUCUCUGUCGUUCCUAUUGCUACUACAGCCGACCAACUCGUCUACGCCGAGCUUCGGCAAACAACGUUGCGUUCAUUGCUGCUGCCUACGCAGGUCCAAAGUAAACGGGCUCCAGAAUCUACCACUGCUUCCUCGAAUCUAAGGACGCCCAAGCUCGCCAUUAUCGGUAUGUCUGGGCGGUUUCCUGGGGCAAAAGACGUUGAUGCCUUCUGGGACCUUCUGUACCUGGGUUUGGAUGUCCAUAAGCCUGCUCCCGCCCUCCACUGGGAUGUCAAAACGCAUGUUGACCCAACUGGAGCCCGCAAAAACACGAGUGCAACACCAUUCGGCUGCUGGCUUGAUGACCCAGCUGAGUUUGACGCCCGCUUCUUCAACAUCUCUCCAAGAGAGGCACCCCAAAUCGAUCCCGCCCAGAGGCUCGCAUUAAUGACAGCAUAUGAGGCAAUCGAACAGGCUGGGCUUGUUCCUGAUGCCACGCCCUCUACCAGACGUGAUCGUGUUGGGGUCUUCUAUGGAGUCACGAGCAACGACUGGAUGGAGACGAACAGCGCCCAAAAUAUCGAUACAUACUUUAUUCCCGGAGGAAAUCGAGCAUUUAUUCCAGGUCGAAUCAACUACUGUUUCAAAUUCAGCGGUCCUAGCUAUGCGGUCGAUACGGCAUGUUCGUCAAGCCUUGCUGGUAUUCACCUAGCAUGCAAUUCACUAUGGCGCGGGGACAUUGACACAGCCAUUGCAGGGGGAACCAAUGUUCUAACAAACCCUGAUUUUACUGCGGGGCUUGAUCGCGGCCAUUUCCUUUCACGAACGGGCAAUUGCAAAACUUUCGACGAUAGUGCUGAUGGAUAUUGUCGAGGAGAAGGCAUUGGAACAGUUAUUAUCAAGCGUCUUGAAGACGCUCUAAUGGACAAUGACCCAAUUUUGGGGAUCAUCUUAGGUGCAAACACAAAUCAUUCAGCCGAGUCGGAAUCUAUAACACGGCCGCACGUUGGGGCUCAGCGGGAAAUAUUUAGCAAGAUUCUAAACCAGGGUGGAGUGGAUCCCUACACGGUGGGAUACGUUGAGAUGCACGGAACAGGAACUCAAGCUGGUGACGCAGGGGAAAUGUCCAGCGUUCUUGACACGUUCGCUCCAUCAUUGUCUGAAGUCGAAAAGGGUAGAAAGACAGACCAGCAACUCUACCUUGGCUCAGCAAAAGCCAAUAUCGGCCACGGUGAAGCUGCUUCGGGGGUCUCAAGUCUCAUUAAAGUGUUGCUUAUGAUGCAAAGGAACACCAUAGUGCCGCACUGCGGGAUCAAAACAAGGUUGAAUCAGAGGUUUCCACCCGAUCUUUCCGACCGCAACGUCAAAAUUGCACAAAAGCCUGUUCCUUGGGAGCGUAAUGCGGAUCCUUACAAGCCGAGGAGGGUUUUCGUGAAUAACUUCAGCGCCGCUGGUGGGAAUUCCGCUCUCUUGAUCGAAGAUGCACCAGUCGCGCAGGAACUUUCCGACAGCCCCAAAGACCCCCGCACCCACCAGCUGGUAGCGAUAUCUGCCAAGAACGGAGUCUCACUACAAGGGAAUUUGAAUUCCAUGCUUAGAUUCAUGGAGCAGUGUCCGAGUGUUUCCCUAGGUCAGCUAUCAUACACCACGACAGCACGCCGCAUCCACCAUCCGCAUCGCGUCAUGCUGUCUGCGUCUACAACCGAGAAUCUCCGUACUCAAAUUCAAGCGGCACUUAGAGAUAACAAAGGUGUAAACAGACCGAAAAGCACCCCAAAGAUCCUCUUCGCUUUCACAGGCCAGGGAGCCCUAUAUCCAGGCAUGGGGAGAGAGUUGUUCGAGCACUUCUCCAUCUUCCGGGCUGAGAUUCAUCGCUUGAAUCACAUUGGGCAGAGCCUCGGCUUUGAGUCUAUACUGCCUGUCAUUGAAUCCACAGAACGAGACUUUACUAAUUUCUCACCUAUCGUGGUUCACCUAGCAAGUGUGUGCCUACAGAUUGCAAUGUACAAAACGCUGUCGUCCUGGAAUAUCACACCCAUUGCUGUUGUCGGUCACAGUCUAGGCGAGUAUGCCGCUCUAAAUGUUGCAAGCGUACUCUCCGACGCUGAUACCCUCUAUCUCGUCGGCAAGCGGGCGACGUUGCUGCAAGAAAAGUGCACCCGUGACACGCACGCCAUGCUUGUGGUUAAAGGGUCAGUGAGCGACAUCACGAAGCUGCUGAAAGACGCCAAGCUUCAGAUAGCAUGCAUCAACUCCCCAAUCGAAACCGUCCUGGCAGGCUCAAACCAAGAGAUUUCCGAUAUCAAACGCUUACUUUCUGACACUGGCCUGGACUCUACGAUACUUAAAAUCCCAUAUGCGUUUCAUUCCUCUCAGAUGGACCCCAUCCUGCCAGACCUUAAGACCGUCGCGAGUGCGGUCACGUUCCAUACGCCUAGAAUCCCUGUUUUAUGUCCCCUUGAUGGUGGUGUGGUUAACGAUAUCGGGAAAUUCAACGCAGAGUAUCUAGUAAGGCACUGCCGUGAACCCGUCAACAUGUUAGGGGCAUUACUAGACGCGCAGAAUGGAAAUGUAAUUACGGAUCAAACGACUAUACUAGAGAUUGGUCCACACCCGGCAGUUUCGAGCAUGAUCAAAGCCACCCUAGGAUCACAGAUGACAACACUGGCUACUUCACAGUGCGGAAGGAAAAUCUGGCCGGUAUUGGGAUCGACAUUGGGAUCCCUUUAUAUGGCGGGAGCAGAUAUACGCUGGGCUGAAUAUCAUCGCGACUUUGAGGCUUCGCGCAAGGUUCUCUCUCUGCCGGCAUAUUCCUGGGACACGAAGCACUACUGGAUCCAGUAUGUGAAUGACUGGUCAUUGCGCAAAGGAGAUCCCCCUCUAACUAUAGCAAACACCCCGAAGCUUGAGAGUACGACCAUCCAUCGCAUUGUUGAAGAGUCGGGAGACUCUACUAAGACCCAUAUAAUCGUCGAAGCAGACAUCGCGCGCAAGGACCUGAGCCCAUUAGUGCAAGGCCAUGAGGUAGACGGCAUCCCGCUCUGUACUCCCUCGGUAUACGCAGACAUCACGUUGACCCUAGGAAACUACCUUCUUCAGCGGUAUCGCCCCAAUCAAGACGAGAACCUAGUCGACAUAACGAAGAUGACCAUCUCCAAAGCUCUCAUCUUGAGGGCUGGGGCCACCCAGCAGCUUCUACAGGCACACACCGAAGUAGAUUGGGAGUCUCAGGCCGCAGCCAUCAAGUUUAUGUCUUUCGACAGCAAACAUAAUUUACAAGAGCAUGCACGUUGCGUUGUACAAUUCAAAGAGAGUGGCCUUCAGCAGGUGCUCCAGGCAGAUGUACCCAAUCUGAAAAAGAAAUUGGGUGCUCUUCGGGCUGGAAUCCCGACUGGAACCACCGCACGUUUCAACCGGCCUAUGGUGUAUCGCGCCAUAAGACCGUUGGCACGGUUCCAUGACGACUACCGAGCCAUUGACGAGAUUAUCCUUAAUAGUAACACACUGGAGGCAACUAGUCGUCUCAGUUUUGGCAGCGUUAAGCGUGGCGGAGCAUUCCACACCCACCCAGCGAUCAUUGAUGCUUUGACUCAAUCUUGCGGCUUCACUAUGAACUGCAAUGACUUCUCUGACCUUGAUGUGGAAGUUUUCAUGAACCACGGAUGGGGCUCAUUCCAGAUCUUUGAACCCCUCGACUUUGAUAAGGAAUACGUUACUUAUACUCGUAUGGAACAAGGUCCAGAUAAACUGUGGCUUGGAGAUGUUGUUAUUCUCAACGAUGAUAGAGUUGUUGCGUCUUUUGGGCAAAUUGCGAUUCAAGGCGUGCCUCGCCGGGUUUUGAAGGUAAUUCUAUCAAUCGAGAGUGGGAACAGAUCACAGAAGCAGCAGCCUGUGCAACAGAAACAGGCUUUCCUAUCAGCUUCAGCGUCCACCACGCAUAUAAUUCCACCAGCCGUCACAACAGAAAACAGCCCUUCAAGGCUCAUGAAAGCUCUUUCUAUAAUAUCAGAAGAGAGUGGGCUUGCUGUAGACGACUUGACUGAUAGCACGGUCUUCGCCGACGUCGGUGUCGACUCCCUCCUGGGACUGACUAUCUCCUCCCGAUUCAAGGAAGAACUCGAUAUCGAUCUCGACUUCAAUGCCCUCUUUUACGAGCAUCCAACAGUCAGAGACCUCAAAGUAGCGCUGGGAAACCCCAGUGCUAGCACAACUGGAGUAUCGACACCGCGAUGGGGUGACACUAAUCCAAACACCGCCACAGUUACCGGCAUGACCACUCCUGCUACGAGCGAGCAUUCUACCAUGUCUCAACAUGAUUUCCAUCGUGCUCUCCAAAUCGUUUCAGAAGAGAGCGGUCUCGCAGUAGAGGAGCUUACGGACGAGACGAAUUUUGCUGACGCCGGAGUCGACUCGCUGCUGUCGCUUGUGGUCGCAAGCCGAUUCCGGGAUGAGCUCGAGAUUGAUAUGCAGCACGAGGCCCUCUUUCUGGAAUGCCCGACUGUGGCCGACCUCAAACGCUUGUUGGUGGGAGAGAAAGAUAUUAGGAACAUCGAGCCUCUCCCUGAGAGCAACGAGUUCCCCAUCUCAGUUCCCAAUGAAAUGAAGCCUGUCACCACUGCGAUGCAGACGGCCAAGAUGAACGGCGCGGCGAAACACACCCAGAGCGAGAGAGCCGUGCUCACAGCCCGUAAGCAAGCAGUGGAUGAGUAUAUUCACACCUACACGACCGGAUUCACUUGCCCGGCCCCUUAUCUGGCCUCAACGGCACCGAGUGAGGAUAAAAAGGUAGUGUUAGUCACGGGCGGGACAGGAAGCUUGGGAGGCCACUUGGUCUAUCAUCUCGCCCAGCUAUCUAAUGUGAAGACAGUUGUUUGCCUCAACCGGGAGAACAAAGCAGAUCCUUUUGAUCGCCAAUACAAGGCCAUGCGCAGCAAAGGUAUCCGAUUUCCCGAAAAUCUCAAGCCUAAGUUGCGCGUAUUCCAGACAGACACGUCAAAGGGUAUGCUUGGGCUCUCCAAGGAUCAGUACGCAACGCUCGUUGGUUCAGUCACUCACCUCAUCCACAAUGCGUGGCCCAUGAGCGCCAAACGUCCGUUGGCUGGAUUCGAGUCGCAAUUUCAGACUAUGCGCAAUCUGAUCGAGUUCGCAUCCAAGGCUGCCUCCCGUGGCCCAGAGAGCUUCAAGUUCACUUUCCAGAUGGUGUCUUCUAUUGGGGUUGUCGGUCAUUACGGUCUUGGCAAUAGCGAGAAGGUGACAAAGGUGCCUGAAGAGCGCGUCGACAUCGACUCUGUCCUGCCAAAUGGAUACGGAGAUGCCAAGUGGGGCUGCGAGAGAAUGCUCGACGAGACGUUACACAAGCAUCCGGACCGGUUUCGUACAAUGGCGGUCCGUUUAGGGCAAAUUGCAGGAUCUAAGACCAGCGGGUAUUGGAAUCCAAUGGAGCAUUUUGGAUUCCUGAUCAAGUCUUCGCAGACAUUGAGAGCCUUGCCGGACUCGAGCGGCACAGCCUACUGGACGCCGGUCAAUGAUGUUGCCGCCACGUUAUCGGACCUAGCACUCUCCAGUUGCAACCCCUAUCCGAUCUACCACGUCGAGAACCCAGUCGGCCAGCCUUGGAGCGAACUAAAUGCCAUAUUAUCAGAUGCGUUAGGUAUCCCAAGCUUGAUUCCCUUUGAAGAGUGGGUAGAACGUGUGCGAGCUGCACCUCAGCACAACAACCCCGCCGCUACUCUACUGGAGUUCUUGGAUAGUAACUACUUGCGCAUGUCUUGCGGCGGACUCGUAUUGGAUGUCAAGAAGGCUCUUGAGCAUUCAGAGAGUCUUACUACCGUAGGGGCUGUGAGUGAGGAGGUGGUGAGGAAGUACAUUCACAUUUGGAAGGAGAUUGGAUUCCUGAAUUAG